AUUGAAAGAACUUGCAUAUUUUUAUAUAUUGCUUAGAGGUUCAGAAUAUUUUCUAUCUAGAUUGUUCUCGCUUGGCUUCUUUUCGGACACAAUUUCUGACUCUUUACUCACCAAGAUCCUUGAUUCAGGUUUUGGAGGCUGCUCUUCCUUUACUUGAUUUGAAACUAAAUUCUCAAAAUAGGGAAGUUGGACACCAGGGAGGUCCAAAUUAUCAGUUCUCUUCUGAUAAUCUACAGAUUACCUACAAGAUUACCAAUAAAUUGUUGGCUGAUUCUUUCUUGACUCUUGGUGAGUACCUUUCGUGCAUCAAUAUUUAUCUUUCUCAGAUCUUUUUGUCCUUUGAACUCUCUGAUCUUCAUUGCAUUAAUGAUCAGUCUCAUUUUCUCACUCGCUAGGGAACUAAUCAUAAACAAACUUCCUGCUUCACCUUGAUGCUUUCUUUUGGACGAGCUCAUAGUUAAUGAUUGAUGUUGAGAAUUCUUAAUUUUGCUUAUGUCCUUUGUAAAUCUUUGAUCUAUCUCCCUAAAAUGUAAUAAUUUUUAAUAAGCAAUGGAGUCUAAUUUUAGCUUGACACAGAUGCGCUUAUCAGAUUUGUGCAACAUCCUGCACUACAUGAGCAUCCCUGAUUUGAUGAGAGUACUAGCGACAUGCAAGAAGUUCUAUGAAUACAGGCAUUCUAAUGGGAUAUGGGUCAAGAUUCUUGACUAUCAGCCAGCUCCUGUUCUGGCUGAGAGCAAGUGACUCACUGAAGAAGGAAUUGAUAGCUCUAAGGAAGCAAUCAUUAUUCAAAAUAUCUUUCUUAGAAUCCCAGAUUUUUAUACAGACUUAGUAAUCAAAGAAGGAAGUUCAGCCAUCGAUGUAGUCAAGUGUAUUAGAGAACUCGUUAUGAAUUAUGAGAAUAAGGUGAUUGGUCUUGAGGGUCUGGAGAGUUCAUCACAUGAUUAUGAUCAGACAAUUCAUAGAACCCUAGACUCCUCUCAGUAUAAUUUGUGGAGUUUUGGAGGAUCAAAAAUUGUUGCUGAUACUGGAUGGCUAAUUUAUAAGAUGAAGAAUUGGCCUUCAUUGAUAUCUUCUGUGAUGAUUCGGCCUGUGCGCUUCUGGGGAUAAUGAUAUGCUCCAUC